AUUAAAAAGAAAGUCGAAAAGAAAAGAAAGAAAAGCAUAAUUUAUCUUCUUCCCUUAGAAAAUUCCCUCUUCGGCAAAAAAUAAUUUUUGGAUCAAAUAUGCUUCUCCUUUUCAUGUAAGAGCACAAGCAAAGAAACAGAAGCAACAGCAGAGAUGAUAACUUAAAACAUCUCCCCUCCCCUCCUCUCCUCCCCCCUCAACCAAAACCCUAGAUCUCCAUUCUCGAUUUCUCUGAGUCGUCUUCACCCUAAUUUCAGAUUCUCAAAUUAACACUCUUCUUAGAUUUCUUUUCUCAAUUCGAUGGGAAUCAAUCAAAUUAGGUUAUCAAUUUCUGAUAAUCGUUGAUUGAACUUCAAUCUCUCUCUGCUUAAACUCAGCUCCUCCUGCUGCUGUUGUUGGUGGUGGUGAUUAAAUUUUAGGGUUAAACAUUUGAUUUUUUUGAGUUCUUUUUUUUUUGAUGGAGCCUCGUGUGGGCAACAAAUUCAGACUUGGUCGUAAGAUCGGUAGCGGAUCAUUUGGAGAGAUCUAUUUGGGUACUAAUAUUCAGACGAAUGAAGAGGUUGCAAUUAAGCUUGAAAAUGUCAAGACAAAGCAUCCCCAAUUGCUUUACGAGUCAAAGUUAUACAGACUCUUACAAGGAGGAACUGGAAUUCCAAACGUGAGAUGGUUUGGUGUUGAAGGGGACUAUAAUGUUCUCGUGAUGGAUUUACUUGGACCUAGUCUUGAAGAUUUAUUCAACUUCUGCAGUAGGAAACUUUCUCUGAAGUCUGUUCUGAUGCUUGCAGACCAGAUGAUCAAUCGUGUUGAAUUUGUACACGCCAAAUCUUUUCUACAUCGAGAUAUUAAGCCAGAUAAUUUCCUCAUGGGGCUGGGAAGGCGUGCAAAUCAGGUGUAUGUUAUUGAUUUUGGUUUGGCUAAGAAGUACAGAGAUACUUCAACGCACCAACACAUUCCAUAUAGAGAAAACAAGAACUUGACAGGAACUGCUCGGUAUGCAAGCAUGAAUACUCACCUCGGCAUUGAACAAAGCCGGAGGGAUGAUUUGGAGUCUCUAGGAUAUGUUCUUAUGUAUUUCCUCAGAGGAAGUCUUCCCUGGCAAGGACUUAAAGCUGGAACUAAGAAACAGAAGUAUGAGAAAAUCAGUGAAAAGAAAGUUUCAACAUCUAUUGAGGCCUUGUGUCGGGGAUAUCCUACAGAGUUUGCAUCGUACUUUCAUUACUGCCGUUCACUGCGGUUUGAUGAUAAGCCAGAUUAUGCCUAUCUGAAAAGAAUAUUUCGUGAUCUUUUCAUUCGUGAAGGCUUUCAGUUUGAUUAUGUGUUUGACUGGACCAUUCUGAAGUAUCAGCAAUCACAAAUUGCUACCCCUCCUUCCCGUGCUCUUGCUCCCCUGGCAGGCCCAAGCGCUGGAGUGCCUCCACCUGUUGCCAAUGUGGAAAGACCGUUAGGCGGUGAAGAAGGAAGACAACCAGGUUGGUCUUCAACAGCUGCUCACGAUGCUCGCAGGAGAGUCUCAGCCCAAGGUAUAAACGCAGGAAGCCUGUCUAAGCAAAAAAGUCCAGUAGCUAACGAUUCAGCUGUCACUAAAGAUCCUAUGUUAUCUGGCUCAACUUUUUUGGGAAGAUCUGGUGGUUCAUCAAGGCGUGUUGCUGUUUCUAACAACCGGGAUGCAGUUGUUGGUAGUGAAUCUGACCCAUCUCGUCCUCGAACCACCGAAGGAAGCUCAGGAGCACUACGCAAGGCUUUAGGUACACCUCAACAGAGAGCUUUGAAUGUUCUGUCGUCAGAUUCCAAGAGGACAUCUUCUGGUAGGAUCUUAUCUAACUCCAAGACUUAUGAGUCUACUCUGAAAGGCAUGGAGUCUCUGAAUUUCGAUAAUGAUGAGAGGUUGCAGUAUUAACUGAGCACUUCGCCAUCUCUCUCUCUCACUUUCUCCUCUCAAUCCGUCUCUUCCCUGUAAAUCAUAAACUGAGGUACUGCUAUUACGGUUGGAGCACCGGUUGGGAAUAAACCAGAGAAGAAAAUUAUAAUCAAACUCCAAAAACGAAGAGAAAACCCGACUGAAGAACUUUUAGUAUACAUAGCAUUUCCUUGGGUGUGUUUUUUCAUUUAUUUAGCUUCUCUUCAUGCAUCUGUCCCUCUGCUGCUAAGGGUUCCUUCUUAAGUUUUUUUUUCUUUUCCUGUCUUUCACCUCAUUAGUAAAUCUAUGUUUGUAUGGACACAUUUCUAACACUUCUGGCAGCAUCUAAAUGUAGCAAUUUGUACCGAUUCUUUUGUGGGUUUGGAAGAUAAACACUCUUUGAACACUGCAAGAAAAAGUGGAUACGAUAGUGUUGAUUUCUAUUAUGAUUCCCAUUUUAGAUUUUUUUUC